AUGAGGAAAAUUGAUGUUGUGCUCUUCACAGUAUCCGCGAUAACUUGUAUUACUUGCUCUCUAGCCAUACUUUUUCAGAAUAACGAACAGCUUUUAUAUAAUGGUUGGUUACCUUUUGACUAUAAAACUUCAGAUUUAAAAUUUAAUAUCGCUAAGUAUUACCAAUUAAUCGCAAUUGUUUAUGCUAUUGUUCACAAUUAUAUAUCGGAUAGAUUUUCAAUAAUAGCAUUUUAUCAACUAUCGGCACAUGUUAUAUUUUUGCAUAAACGCAUUUCCAGAAUUGGUCAUGACCAAGAGAAUAACGUGGAGAACGAGAAAUAUUUCCGAUCCUGCAUAGUUGCUCAACAGCGAGUGAAUGAGUAUAAGUAUAUUUGUAUAGUUCAAAUCAAUGUUUUUAAACGGUUUAGUUUCAGGCUUUGUACUCAAAUCGAAGACAUCACAACGUUUCCAAUAUUUUUGCAGUUCACGGUCACAGGAAUAACCGCUUGUCUCACUUUAACAUUGGCAGUUUUCUAUGCCGAAGAUAAUAUGACGCGUCUGUAUUUCUUAUUUUAUGCGAUGGCAGUUCUGCUUGGCAUAUUUCCGGUGUGUUACUUUGGUAGUGAGUUGGAAUAUAGAUUUGAACAAUUGCAUUGGUCGAUUUACUUCAGUGACUGGACUAAACAAAGUAUGAAUUUUAAGAAGGAUAUGCUUAUAUUUAAUGAACGCUCUUUGAAGCAUCGUGCUUUAUUCGCUGGGGGAAUAUUGCGAAUACAUUUGCCAACAUUUCUCUCUACCUGCAAAGGCGCCUAUUCUAUGUUUGCUGUUGUACUUCGCUUUAAGAAUGACAAAACUGAAGUCUAAUAGAAUACACAAGGCACAAAUAGAUUAUAAAUUUAGUUUGAACAUUUCAGUAUUUAGCACUUGACAUA